GUCUAUUUACGGGAACCGUCAUAGUGACAGCAGACGAUAUAAUUUUGAUUUUCCGUUCAACGAAGUAGUCUUCAGUGUUACGUACCAGUACCACGUGUUCCUUGCGCGAUUUUCUGCGCGAUUCAGUCGUUGUUUUAUUAUAAUUAAGUGUCACACAAAUUAGUUACUAGCAAUUCUGCCAAAAUGUCCAAACUGAAAAUUCUUCAACCUGUGGAAGACAAGCAGGAGUUUCUUGACAUAGAUGAAGCUGCAAGUGAUGAUGGAGAUGAACAAAAACAUGAGAAAUUGUUGAAUGCCAUAUCAAAAUUGGGAAAUAAAAAGAUGAAGAUUACUCAGAGAACUGAGCCAGUCUCCAGAAUCAAUGAACAUGCAUUAGUUCAAGUUGGAUCUGGUAAAUCGAAGACAAAUAAAAUUAAGGUUGAUGAUCUUCUCAAUGUGAUUGCCGAAAAGCCUCGUUUGGGAGCACUUAAGAAAGCUGUGAAGCAGGCCAAAUCCAAAUCGUCUACAUUAAAAGCUCCGCUUGAAAAGCCACAAGCAUUGAGAGUUGAGAGGGCUGCUGGUUAUGAAAAGGUUAAAGAUGAAGUAUCAAAAUGGGAUGACAUUGUGAAAGGCAAUCGAGUGGCUGAACAACUGAUCUUCCCUUUGGACCAACCCUCCAUAAAAAUGCAAUCAGCUUCUGAUUUUACAGCAAAGUUCAAGCCCAAAACACCCCUGGAACAGCAGAUCAGCGAACUUUUGCGCUGCAACCGACAUGUUCAAGCUGAAAAUGAGGAGCUUACUCCUGCCGAAAAAGAAGCCUUAACUUCCAUGUCACUGAAAGAAGCUUUAGCAAGGCGGAGAGAGUUGGCGAAAAGCAGAGCCCUUCAGUCAUACCAAGAGGCAAAAGCGAGGCGGCAAAAUAAAAUCAAGAGUAAAACGUAUCAUCGGCUUCUCAAGAAAGAGAAAAUGAAAAAUCACGUCAAAGAAUUCGAUUCUCUCAAGGAGCAUGAUCCACAGAGGGCAUUAGAAAAACUGGAACAAUUGGAUAAAAAACGCAUCGAGGAGCGUAUGACAUUGAAACACAAAGGCGCCGGGAAAUGGGCCAAGUUGCAAGCCAUUCGUUCCAAAUACGAUCAAAAUGCACGGGAAUCACUAGCAGAUCAACUGCGGCUUGGCAAGGAAGUUACAAGAAAAAUUAAGAAGCCUGAUGAUGAAUCUGAAGAGGAUAUUCCAUCUGUUCCCCUAGAGAAGAGCGACAACCCAUGGUUGGGUGGGUCUUUGCCAGAUUCAUCUCAUCCUACUACAGAGGUAACAUCUGGUUACCGGAAACUCUGGGACAACGUUAAUAAAGGCAGAGAAAUAAAGAAAAAAAUGAAUAAAGAAGUAAAAAAAACUGCAAGCAAGCCAAGUAAGGUUAAGCAGUCACAUCCAACUGAUGAGAAAAUUUACGAUUCGACGAAAGUUGAUUCUGCCGAAAAUGAAAGUGUUGCGUCUGAAUCUUAUGACGUUCAGGAAGAAUUUUCGGAAGAACUAGACGAAGGUUUGGUUCGCAAAAGUACAAUGGAAGAUUUCCAGCAAACUCCUGAAGAUGUUGAAAUGAAACAAAUUACUUACAAAAAGACAAGCAAAAAACAGCCGACACAAAAAAUAGAUUCACAAGUAGCCAGUGUUCAAGCAGAAACCAAGAUAGCCACAGACAUAGAUCCUCUCAAAUUUAUUUCGAUGCCAGACACAGUAAUAAUAAAUUCAUCAGUUCCUGUAACUGAAGAAGGUAACGAGGAAGACGAAGAUGAACAACGGAGGAUGACGUUGGCGGAGGCGUUUGCCGAUGACGACGUGAUUGAGCAGUUCAAGGAGGAGAAGAAACAAGUUAUUAGUGCAUCAACUCCUAAAGACAUUGAUUUGACUUUGCCUGGAUGGGGAGAGUGGGGCGGGUCUGGUUUGAAACUCUCAAGGCGCAAGAAAAGACAGUUCAUCAUCAAAGCCCCGCCGGCUCCCAAACGAAGGGAUGACAACCAAGGAAACCUCAUUAUCAAUCAAGACAAAAACACAAACAUGCGUCGCCAACAGGUGAAUGAUUUGCCAUUCCCAUUCCGUUCGGCGGCUUCAUUCGAGUAUAAAAUUCGAGCACCAGUGACGUCAACAUUUAUUCCAGAAACAGCUGUUCGUAAACUGGCAGCUCCGAAGGUCCUAACCAAGAUAGGUACAAUAAUAGCUCCUAUGACAGACGAAGUACUCAUCUCUGCGGCAAAGCGAAAUAAAGAAACACAAGAUAAAAUGGAACUUGAGAAUCGCAAAAAACCGACACCUGGAAAGUAUCAGAAGAGAAAAAAAUCCUCACUGAUCACCAAACCAACUAAGAAAAGCAAGAUACAGAAGAAUCAAUGGCAGAUUACUGACACACCUGCAACCAACUCCUUAAAAAAAUAAUACUUUAUUGAUAGAUUCUUUUUGCUUCCCAUCCUUGACGUUGAAUAUAUCCUGUUUGGACUUUCA